CUGGAACCAGUUACCUUGCAGGUGGUUUCAUUAGUUGAAAUGGAUAAAAACGAUUAUUCAGAGUGAAACUAUUCCACUAGGUUGGACUGUUAACAUAACGGCCAAUCACAUGCAACUAGUACGACCACCGUCAACAUUCACUAUUUUGAAAUGCAAAUUCCUGUUUUUACGAUUAAAAAUUUCAAAUUUCAAUCAAUUGAAUUAUGUUUGUAAUUUUAAAAAGCAGCUAAAUCAAUAAGAAUUCAGUUUAAUCGAAAAAUAACUUUUUGAAUUCAAUGUAGUUUAAGACAGAUGCAGAAGGUUGCAAGCCGGGCUUUGUCCCCCGAAUGAGUUAAGACUUGCUGCAAAAAUGAUUUGUUUUAUUGAUUAUUCGAAAGCCAAAUUAAUCACAAGUUCUAAAAAUGACCUUCUUCACCGUCGCUUUCUUCAUCGGAGCAAUGCUAUUGAUCAGCAAACUGUUUGGCAUGAGGCGUCGUGCGUCCACCAGCAACAAACUGCGACUACGCGGACUAGAACCGGAAUCGGAAUUCGAACUGUCCAAGUGUCCUAUUCAAGCCACAAUGGAGACUUUAGUUGAGGCAGGAUUGGAAAAUGCUGCUGCUCCUUGUCUCGUGUCUCGUUUGGAAUGGUGGAAACAGAUCAAUAGUUACCUGGACACGUUGGAGGAUACCCCAGAGUCAAUCAGCAUCGUAGCUACUGCCAUCGAGGUGCUUUUAACUUAUCACCAGCUUCAACGAUCGGAAGUGGAAGAGGAUUUGGUCCGCGCACUGUUCCAAAGAGCAUUGCAGGACUCGAGACUUUCCCACGUGUACGCCAAACUUCUGAAACAAAUGAUAAACGAUACGAGAGAUUGGACGCAAGACCUUACCAGCCGAUUCUUCCAACUUGUUGUUGCCGAAUUCAAUCGGCCGCUCACUCACGUCGAAGAUUUCGAGAAAAAGUUAAGCAAUGUCAAAUUGAUGGCAGCAGUUUUCAGGAGACGGAUCGAUGGUGUACCGGAUGAAUGGAUGACAGACUGCUCUGAUACUCUGGUACAGCGUCUCCACGCUGGACUCGAACAAUCAACCGAGCAGCUUUGUCUCUUUUUGAAGACUUUACUCAUCAGCGAAUGCAACGAUAAUUGCAAUUUGUCUAUGUCACAACAACUAGAGUUAACUGCUUGUUUUGAGGCUCUACAAAAAGCGGCGUUGUGUCCUAAAGGAAGACAGUCUUUACCCAGAUUGGAAGCUGAUGUACCCAUUGCAAAAGUGCAUGAAAAACAAGCUGAGGCACAAUCUGAACCAGAAAAAGAAGUUGAAGAACAGUUUGAAACACCAUCUGGAACACAACCUGAAAUACAACCUGAAACGGAGAAGUCUGAAGUGGAGGAAAUCAAAACUAAAAAAGCAGACUUGGAGCAAAACAGAGAGGAGACGUCGAGUACUGCUGAAUCGCAUAAUCGCAAUUAUGCUGAGACCCCACAGGCGAAUCCCCUGGAUCGAAUAGCCAGCUUUGGGUAUCAAUUAUUUCAAGGCACUUCAGUUGUGGCAGUUGUUCCAAAAGACAAGAUCUGUCGCCCGCUAAGUUCCACCUUACCCAAGAACACUGUCGACCCGAGAAAUAGGCAAACGGCAGACGAUGUGAAACCAGGACCGUUCAAAGCUAGACCCGUACCCCCCACCCACUAUAACGAACCUUAUCGGCCUACGCUGUCCAAGGACCGUCCAAUCACCAAAAGGAUUCCAGUUUCUAAGAAACCCAUGACUGUUCCAGAAAUGGAGCCUUCUCUUAUGGAUGACAAGAAACUUGAAGGUGGUGAAAAUCAAUCAGAACAAAAUGUCCCGCAACCCGAGUUGGACGAGGAUUCGCUACGGAUACGGAACAGUAAUGCUUCGACAAUAUCCGACAGUAGCGAUAACUCAUCGGUUCCGGACGUUUUCGACAUCACACCGAUAGAAAACAAAGCUCAAGUUGAGGAGGAUCAACCGAUAGCAGAAGCUGCUAAGAUCCAAGUCGCACACAAUACCGUAGAGGCCUCUUUAUUAGCAGAUAAUGUUCAAGUUCCAAAGAGGGAAACACAGCAGACAAAGAGAUCAUCUUCUGACAGUGAGCUAUUAAUUCAUCCCUGGAAUCAUUGGUACGAAGAUCCUGGGGAGGCUAUAUUACCUCCUGGAUUAACGAGUAAUGAUGUGGCAGAAGUAGGUGAGGCAGUCCUGUUAGCUGACAAAACGAUGAUUGACGACAAGAAAUCAGUUGUUGGACUGAGAGAUGAAAAGAACCCGGAAGGUAAGGGAAAAUCGAUCAAGAAGAGGGACACGAGUGGAAGCGAUGUAGUCGAAAUUCAUCAAAAGAUACAUCGUCGUCAAACGAGGAACGUAAAAUGGAUUUUUCCAUCGUCCAGGAUCUAAACGCAAAGAAGAAGUUUCGAUAUUGAAAAGGAGGUUGUGGUGCAAGGAUAAAAAAUGAUAAAAAUUGAACCGUGAUACUUGUAUUAACAUUCACGCAGUCAUGAGUGAAUAAGUAAUUUGUUGAGUUGAUAAAAUUUACAGUUUUCUUUGCAAAAAAGUGUAUGCAAGUGUUUGGACAAAGUGAUUUCAUUGCUGGAAAGCUUUGAUGGCCAUUGUCUUUUCAACUUGCUACACUUGUUUCGAAGAGCUGGAAAGAUUCUAAAGAGUUUAUUUGCAGAAAUGCAGAUUUCAAAACCAAAAGAAAACACGGUUCUCUGUUUUUUGUAUGUUCCAACCCAGUUUGAAUCCAGUUGAUAAAUUACAUGUGAUUAAUUAA